CGGUGCUCGCUCACACACAUCUCACGGCGUGGGGUUAUCAAACAGCAGGCACGUCUUCGGUGGAUGCAACAAUUCCACUCUUACUGAUCUUAAUUGGCUGAGGGGCGUAAGGGGGGGGCUAUGGCUGCUGCGCUAUCCCUGCCGAAGCCGCAUUGACAUUCUGACCAAAAUAAGGGAUAAAAGCUUAACGCUGUUAUCGCCGCAGUUUCACUGAUCUGCUGUCAACACCUUCGCCUUCUUCAGUACCCUGGUUGCAGUUCGGCGCAGAUAAGAACGCCGUGCGGCGGUCCGCGAAGCAUCAACCACGCGCGGAAACGUCCACCAAAGGGGAAGAAAAAAAAAGAAGAGCUAAUCUCGCAUCGUUGGCAUCGUGUCGCCCCCUCCCCACUCAACCACCCACUAUUCAAGUUCCAGACUUUUCAGCACCACUUCUCUCGGUGCAAGGCGCUGUGUGGAUUUCCUCGUGGAUACUAGUACGUGCAAGACCAACGCUGCGACUCCGAAAACGAACACCGAAGAUAGUGGCAUCGGAUGUGGGUCACUUCGCGGGGGGGACCGCACUGGAAGCUCUGCGAGGAAGGAGAAAGAAAACCGGCGGAAUUCAUCUCGGAGCUUGCGGACCCAAACAGGCCCACAGGCUCUGACACAUAACGAAUCCCCGCCCAGGGGGACAGUGAAGAUUAAAACUAGCGAUUGCCGCGGACACCUUCGAGAUUCCUGAGAGUAGACGAGGGAGUUGAAGGAGGUCAUCUUCCACCUUUUGUUCUUCCCGAUGCCCGAGUUCAGAAUCUCCAUCGACAAGCCUCUUUGGACGAUGGAGUGAGGGAGUGGACGGGAGGAGAGCAGGAUUACAGCUCUGUGAAAGAGCCAGGCUCAUAUUGUACAUUAAGUGACUGUCUGUGUGAGCGAAAACAUGAGAGGAAGUCUUCGCUGUGCCAGCUGCUUGGAGAGCAAUUAACCCUCUGGCCAGCGCGAUCGACUACCUGGCUUCUAUUUUUCUUGCGGCGGUUUGCUUGUACGAGCUGCGGUCAUGUUCCACCCGCCGCCUUGCAGACUGGACGGGACGGGCGGCCAGAGACGCGGCGUGGUUCUCCUCCUGCUGCUCCUCGACAGCUCCCUCAAGGCGGUGCAAGCCGCAAAACCCAAAGGCCCAGGUCACACCCACCUGAAUUCCAUCCGCAUCGACGGGGAUAUCUCCCUCGGCGGGCUUUUCCCAGUCCAUGCCAGGGGCCACGAGGGGAAGCCAUGCGGGGAACUAAAAAAGGAGAAAGGAAUUCAUCGGCUUGAGGCCAUGCUCUUUGCUUUGGACCGCAUCAACAACGAUAAUAACCUGCUGCCGAACAUCACGCUUGGCGCCCGGAUCCUGGACACCUGCUCCCGUGACACGCACGCCUUAGAGCAGUCGCUCACCUUCGUGCAGGCGCUGAUCGAGAAGGAUGGGACGGACGUCAAGUGUCUGGGCGGCGGGGCGCCUAUCAUCACCAAACCGGAGAGGGUGGUGGGCGUCAUCGGAGCGUCGUCCAGCUCUGUUUCCAUCAUGGUGGCAAACAUACUGAGGCUCUUCAAGAUCCCACAGGUGAGCUACGCCUCCACGGCUCCGGAACUGAGUGACAACACUCGCUACGACUUUUUCUCCCGGGUGGUGCCGCCGGACACGUACCAAGCGCAAGCCAUGGUGGACAUCGUCAAAGCCAUGCGCUGGAACUACGUCUCCACUGUGGCCUCAGAGGGCAACUAUGGCGAGAGCGGAGUCGAGGCGUUCAUCCAGAAGUCUCGGGAGGACGGGGGUGUGUGCAUCUCUCAGUCGGUAAAGAUUCCCAGAGAACCCAAGCAGGGUGAAUUUGACAAGAUCAUCAGACGCCUACGCGAAAAUCCCAACGCAAGAGUCGUCAUCAUUUUCGCCAAUGAAGAUGACAUAAGGCGGCUGCUUCACGCUGCUAAAAAGUCCAACCAGACGGGUCAUUUUAUUUGGGUGGGUUCUGACAGCUGGGGUUCCAAGAUUUCUCCUGUCUUGCACCAGGAGGAGAUGGCGGAAGGGGCGGUCACCAUACUGCCCAAGCGUCAGUCCAUCAAGGGGUUCGAUCGCUACUUCAUUAGCCGCACGUUGGAGAACAACAGACGAAACAUCUGGUUCGCCGAGUUCUGGGAGAACAACUUCAGCUGCAAGCUGAGCCGGCAUGCCCUGAAGAAAGGCUCCGGGCUCAAAAAGUGCACAAAUCAAGAGCGGAUCGGGAAGGACUCCAACUAUGAGCAGGAAGGCAAGGUGCAGUUCGUGAUUGACGCCGUCUACUCCAUGGCUCACGCGUUACACAAUAUGCACCAGGAGCUGUGCCCGGGCAAGGUGGGCCUCUGCGCCAAGAUGGAGCCCAUCAAUGGCACACACCUGCUCAAGCACAUACGCCGCCUCAACUUUAAAGGCAUCGCAGGAAACCCGGUGCUCUUCAACGAAAAUGGAGAUGCACCCGGACGCUAUGAGAUCUAUCAGUACCAGAUACGUAACCUCACGCCAGAGUACAAGAUCAUCGGCCACUGGACAGAUCAACUUAAUCUCAAUGUUCCUUCGAUGCAGUGGCCCGGCGCUGUCCGUCAGAUUCCGUCGUCAAUCUGCAGCCAGGCAUGUCGGGCCGGAGAACGUAAGAAGAUCGUGAAAGGCAUCCAGUGUUGCUGGCACUGUGAGCGGUGCGAUGGCUACCAGUACCAGGCUGACACGUUCACCUGCAAGAUGUGCCGAUUCGACUUACGGCCCAAUGAGAACCACACGGGCUGUGUCCCCAUCCCCAUCGUCAAGCUGGAGUGGAGCUCUCCGUGGGCAGUGAUCCCGGUGCUCAUCGCAGUGGCGGGCAUCAUGGCCACCCUCUUUGUCGUGGUAACCUUUGUGCGGUACAAUGACACGCCCAUCGUGAAGGCAUCGGGGCGAGAGCUCAGCUAUGUGCUGCUUACCGGCAUCUUCCUGUGUUACGCCACCACCUUCCUGAUGAUUUCCACCCCGGACGUGGGAAUAUGCUCCCUACGGAGGAUCUUUUUGGGCCUGGGCAUGAGCAUCAGCUACGCCGCCCUGCUCACAAAAACCAACCGCAUCUACCGCAUCUUUGAUCAAGGCACCAUGUCCUUGAGUGCGCCCCGGUUCAUCUCCCCAGCCUCACAGCUCAUCAUCACUUUCACUCUGGCAUCAGUGCAGCUGCUCGGCGUGUGUAUCUGGUUUGGCGUGGAUCCCUCCAAGGCCAUCAUCGAUUAUGAGGAUCAGAGGACGUCUAAUCCAGCGAUGGCCCGCGGCGUGCUCAAGUGCGAUAUCUCCGACCUGUCCCUCAUCUGUCUGCUGGGUUACAGCAUGCUGCUCAUGGUCACCUGUACCGUGUACGCCAUUAAGACUAGAGGGGUGCCGGAGACCUUCAACGAGGCCAAGCCCAUUGGUUUUACCAUGUACACCACAUGCAUAAUCUGGCUGGCAUUCAUUCCCAUCUUCUUUGGCACUUCGCAGUCCACAGAAAAGAUGUACAUCCAAACCACCACGCUGACCAUCUCUGUGAGCCUGAGCGCCUCCGUGUCCCUGGGCCUGCUCUACAUGCCCAAAGUCUACGUGGUCCUCUUCCACCCCGAGCAGAACGUGCCCAAGCGAACACGCAGCCUCAAGGCCGUGGUCACCGCCGCCACCAUGUCCAAUAAAUUCAACCCGAAGGCCGGACUAAGGCCCAACGGCGAGGCCAAGACGGAGCUGUGCGAAAGCCUGGAAACACAAAGCUUCUCCACAAAGCAGACGUACAUCAGCUACAGCAACCAUGCCAUCUAAUAGAUGCCUCAAAGUCAAGUUCAAGUCACCAUCUCUCAAUUUCAGGAUUUCCACCUGAUCAGCUUGUCAAGAGCGUCAUUUUCACACGGAUGGAAAUCACGGGUGCGUGUUUUUUCCAAACACGUUGACGGCUAAGAAGCACUUGUGCGGGCGAAACAAUUGUGAGGUAUCAUCUUGUGUUGUAAAAUAAAUAAAUGAAUAAAAAUACUGCAUGAAAGCCAAACUGGAGACCGAAAGACGAAAGUUUAUCCUUUGUAUCAUCCGAGUCGUGAGUGACUGACGGUGAACUCAAAAGCCAAAAAAUUGUGUUCUGGUCUUGUCGGUGUCGUCUGCCCACUGGCGUCAGAAUCCUCCAACACGGGAUAAUUGACAUCACAAAGGUAAAAACGCAAGGAGGGGAGUGGGGGAUUCCUGCUGUGUUUAUCAUCCAUGCGCCAAAUUUGCAUUCAGACUCCCCCCUGUUGUUUGCUGAGUUUUAUUGAACUGAGUGUGUUGUGCAUGAUAGUUUUUACAUCAGGUGUCGUAUUGUUGCUGUCUCUUCGGAAUGUGUUUUAACUCGGUUGUUGCACUCGUUUGGGGGUACAUUCGAGAAGGUCUCAUGAGUGACUUUCUGUAUGUAUCAAGCAGCUAAAAGCCCUCCAACAGGUCCCCUCUGUUAUCUUGCCCUCCUUGUACGUGCUUCAUUCAGCAGGACGGAGCUUUCCGGAAGUGGUUGAGCCUCCCCAGCCCCAUCAUCACCGCCAGCAGCCAUUUCCCUCAGAGGGUUAAAAAAAAGCCUCAUUGUACAGAUCCAUUAUGAGGGGGAAUUAAGAUGAAGUAUGCCCUUGAGAGGAGACCGCCAUAUGCCCCUGAAGGUGAUAUCCAUAUAUCCCUAAUGGGAAAACAUACUUGGAAAAUUCAUUCUGAAGGCCCCGUGUCCUCUAUGGGGGCUCUGGUGAUAAAAGGAAGUUGCGUUUUUCUCCCAAAGUGUGUGUAUGUGUGUGUGUGUGUAUGUGUGUGUGUGUGUGUGUGUGUAUAUAUAUAUAUAUAUAUAUAUAUAUAUAUAUAUAUAU